AUGUGUAGGGAGCACCGGGUGAGUCCGGCGCGUUCGCGAGUGCCGGGCGAGCGGGUGUGUUCCGCUCGGAGGAGGCGCGGCGGGGGCCGGCGCCGCGCUGCUGGCGACGCGCGCUCAACGUCGACCCGCCCUGGCUGCGGCACGCACCAGCCCGCUGACACCACCACCACGCACGCACCUGACACUUGUGGACUAGCGCUAGUGAGCCCUCGCCACCCGGCGCCGAGGCCAGUUGACACCCCGCAUCUACCGCCGACAGGGGGAGCGAACCCAUCUGAACCGCAGUCCAACACAACCAGGGCAAACGAAAAUGAUUGUAUCGGAGGAGCAGCGCGUCCGCGUGAUGGAGGGGCCGUGGAGCCCCCUGAGUGUGGCGCGGCAUAUCGUGGAGGAAGGCUCGCAGGAGGACCCCUUCUACGUGAUGGAUGUGGGGGAAGUGGUCGCCCGCUACCACACCUGGCGCGAGAUGAUGCCGCGCGUCGAGCCGUUCUACGGACACCAAUGUUUGACUUAAUGUCGAUUGUUGCAGCGGUUAAGUGCAACGACGAUAAGUUGCUAGUGACAACCCUAGCGGCGCUCGGUACCGGCUUCGACUGCGCCUCUAAAGCUGAGAUCGAACUCGUCACCAGUAUCGGAGUACGGCCAGAACGCAUUAUUUUCGCCAACCCAGCCAAGAUGGCGUCCCACAUCAAGUACGCGUCACGCGCGGGAGUCGACACGAUGACCUUCGACUCUGAGACCGAGCUGAUGAAGAUCAAGCAGCAUAUGCCGCAUGCGCAAUUGGUGAUUCGUAUUCGUUGCGAUGCCACAGCGGCUCAGUGUCCACUUGGCAUCAAGUUCGGAUGCGAUCCCGUCACUGAAGCACCGCGUCUACUAAAACUGGCCGCAGUACUCGGCCUAGAGGUGGUGGGCGUAUCUUUCCACGUGGGUUCUGGCACGCAGGAAACUGGCGUGUACGUUCGCGCUAUACAAUAUUCGCGAGCGUUGUUCUCGCUCGCCGCGAAUGUUGGACACGCGAACAUGCGCUUACUCGACAUCGGCGGGGGAUUCCCGGGCGCUUUACACUCAUCUAUACGAGAGGUGUCUCAGGUGAUAAAUGGCGCGUUGGAGACUUACUUCAGUGAUCGUUCUGUUCGAGUGAUCGCUGAACCUGGCAGAUAUUUUGCGGCCGCCGCUUACACUUUAUGCGCUUUGGUCCACGCUAAGAGAGAGGUGUGUCAGAAGGACAAGGAAGGCAACGAGGAGAGUCACAUGAUGUAUUUCAUCAACGACGGAGUGUAUGGAUCGUUCAACUGCGUACUGUAUGAUCAUCAGCAUGUCGUCGCGGAAACACUCGAGCCAAAGCCCGAGAAGCCUCAGCCUUGUUCAGUGUGGGGCCCGAGCUGUGACGGGUUAGACUGCGUGUUGCCGUCUACAUACCUGCCGCCGAUCGCUGUCGGCGAAUGGUUGAUAUUCCGUGAUAUGGGUGCUUAUACUCUACCGGUGGCUUCGGCUUUCAACGGCUUCCCAGUGCCUAAAAUUAGAGCUGUCAUCGAUUCGAGCGUUUGUCACGAGUGUCACAAAUAUUCUAAAAUGGAUUUAUUUGAGUUUUUAGAAGACGAAUUAGAUGAAUAUUUCGAACAUAUUACGCGACCCCGUAGAAAUCGAGUAAUUAAACCUAGACCUAAUUAUUUAGAAUCACUUGACGAUCAAGAUUUUUAG